GUACUGACAGUGACCACGCUGCUGAGACCUGCCCUCCUGAAUCAAAAUGCGUUGCGAAGUCGAUGGCUCUCAUUACUGCCUCAAAGUGUCCUCGAGUGACCCUCCUAAAAGUCCAGUAACACUCCAAUUCCAGCGCGACAAAUACACACAGGACGCUAUGACUACAUGCUCCGAUGCUUCCGCUGUAUCUACAGCGAUGCGACACUCCACCAUAGGUUCUGCUCCUCCUAGUUCAGGAAAUGACACCCUCUUUCAGUAUCCACGAGCUGAAAGUUUUUUUCGAUCCAUAUCAAUGUCAUCUACUCCUUUGCGCCGCUAUGGGAUGUCGUCUUCUUCGCUCGACUUCCAACAACUAUCUCGCGUGUAUUCUGCACCUUACACUGAAUCCUGGGUGGAGCAACAGUUGUCCUCUUCGCCGAGUCCCCUUCCAAAGGUCCCGCCUCUACCCCGCUGCGGCCUGUCACCUUCUUCUUCUCUUAAUGCUGAAGGAACGCCAUUUGAUCGACAUUUCAACUUGUCACAAUCGUGGCACAGCUCCGAUCCGGAUAUGUCUCCCAUAGCUAGAAGGAUGUCUGACGACAAUGCACCUGUGUCUCCACAUGAAGGCGGACACUCAUCACAUCGGUUUUCUGGAGGAUCUUGUGUCCCAACUCCGUGGUCACUGAUGGAGAAGCUUCCUUCUUUACUUUUCCCCGGUCCUCAUACAUUCUCUCCAGGCUUCACUUCAAGUCCUGUCAUGCAUUCUAGCGAACGGUCUUGGUCUCCUGUCUCCUCUCUCUCUGCGCUCACCCCCCUUUCGUCUCCCGAGCGUCCCCUUAGUGACAAUGUUUCUGGUGAUUGGUCUGGCGCUUCUCCAAUGCGCUCGCCCGUUUGUGGAGAGAACUCAACUACCGAUCGACAUUCGAAAGACAACUAUGAACUAGAUUCUACUUCCCGGGGCUCACCUCGCACUGCCAGCCAUGUGGUUUCCUUGCGAAGUCCCAAGCAUCCCCCUCCGGAUGACCACGAUGAGAAAAAACCUUCACGCCGGUCAAAACGCGCACGUACCUCUGGUGGCCCCACUGUUGUCGGUCUUACUUCUCAGACUCAGGAGCCCCAUUCUUUAGGCAUACCAUCACAGCGUUGCCUUCCCUCAGAAGUUUCUCGCCACUCAGAUUUUCCUUUAUUCUACCGACGUUAUCCUAUAAGCUCGUAUCUGCAACUUGAUGCCGAGGAAGCUCCCCUUUUCAAUCACUUCAAACAUCCUGGCGGUAUCUAUAACCCUCCCCGCGAUCCACGAGAUCUUUAUACUCCCCGCUUUGUCAAAGGCAAAGGUAGGUCCAAGAUAGGGCUGUGUCCCAUCUGCAUCGAAAGCCCUUUGCGCGGUGGACGGGGACAAAAAAUAUGGUUAUCAACAAAAUUCUCUGCAUUCAAGUGGUCACUUACUUUUCCCUCACAACCUAUACAAUCAUGUUAACGUAUUGUUUUCAGGGCAAUUUCGCAGUCUCUCUUUCAUGAUGUCAUUUAUCUUUUUUCCAGCUAUCAUAUGCAGUUUGCGCACGGUAUGAGACGUCCAAAUGGCUGUUCGCCCACUUAUGUUUUUCUUCAAUUUUUAGGAGUCUCAGCGACGACAGGAUACCCAUUCUCACCUCCAGUGUCAUACAGGACAAGUAGUCGCCGCCAGCCACUCAAACUUGAGCGAUCGGAGAUUCUUGAAG